GUGGAAGAGAUAAGAGUUUCAGUGUGGUGUAGUGGAGGAGAGUGUAGGAGGUGUACUGGGCAACAUGGAGGAUAACACCAGUAAUCUCUCCGCAGCUAGCCGGCUCCUGCGGCGCAAGAUACCUCAGAGUGGACACCUCAUGCUGCCCAAGCGAAUGUGGAUGCAGACCGUCCCCACACAGGAUUGUGAGGUGGUGGUGGUGAUGGCUGGGGGCACGAGGGAGACCACGCUACAGUGGCUGCUCCUGAGGCUAAAGACCCGCCUGCCGGAGCUGACGGUGUGCGUCAAGAACCACGCCGCCACCAACUCCUACGCCCUCUACCUCUCCGCCUCCUACGACGGGUUGAUCAAAGGAGGAGAAGAAAUGCGACUGGUGAAAAGGAUGAAGACUGAAUAUGGCGGCGGCCUGAGGGAACUGUCACACACAGAGCUGGGCAUCUUCCAGGGAGUGGAGGACGGGGCGACGUUCUUCACCACGCUGGAGCGACAGAGUAUCGUCCUGCACAUCCUCAACUCCCUGAGGGCGACCCAGGGAGAGGCUGUGGAGGGAACCACCUUCAGGGAGGGCCAGGCCAUCAUUCCCAAAUUCCAAUCCGAUGGUAUAAUCCACGGUAUUCUUCCCCUACACCACUACAAGAUGCUGGAGAACCUUAGAUCCAGCUGGGUGCAGACCUUCUUCAGGUACCAGCCCAUAGAGGAGAUCCAGGAGUACUUUGGCUCCAAGAUCGCCAUCUACUUCGCGUGGCUGGGACACUACACCACCGCCCUCACUAUCCCUGCCGUCAUCGGCCUCAUCUUCUGGGUGUUCCUGUGGGGGCGGGACCAGGCGCUGGAGGACAAGGGGUUCGUGCUCUUCGCCUUCCUGAACGUGGUGUGGGCGUCCAUGUGGCUGGAGGGGUGGAAGAGGCACAGCGCCGUCCUGGCCUACAACUGGGGCACUCUGGACUCUCACGUGGAGGUCUUCUCGGAGCCCAGGCCGCACUUCAGGGGGGAGCUACGGGUGAGCAGCGUGACGGGCCGCCUGGAGCCCGAGUACCCGGCCUGGCGACGGAACCUCAUCCGCUACCUGGUCACCCUUCCCCUCAUCCUGGGCUGCCUGCUCGUCGUCUUCGCCGUCAUGCUCCUCCUCCUCCAGCUCCAGGACCUGUGUGACGCCUUCAUCUCCGCGCACCAGUACACCUUCUACCUCUCCUACGCCCCCAAGAUCCUUAUGGCUCUCACCAUCUCCGCUUUUGACGAGGGCUACACCAAGGUGGCUAUCUGCCUCAAUGAUAUGGAGAAUUACCGGACUGAGGAGACGUACCAGAACCACCUGAUCAUCAAGCUGUCUGUGUUCCGCUUCGUCAACUCCUUCCUGUCGCUCUUCUACAUCGCCUUCUACCUCCAGGACAUGGAACGUCUCAAGGAGCAACUGGCGGCGCUGUUGCUGACGCGGCAGGUGGUGGGGAACAUCAAGGAGUCCUGCAUCCCCUACCUGCUCGAGCAGUUCAAGUUGGCUAAGCUCAGUUUCGACUUGUACGGCGCCCUCUCCCCCUCGGAGGAGAUCAAGCACCAGGACUGGCCACAGGAGAACCCGCCCCAACCUGCAGGAGAAACACAGAUACCGGAGGAGGGAGGGAUCCCCUUGUGCCCCAGCAGCGCCAACAGCAGCAGAGACUCGCCGGCGCCAGGUGGAGAUGCAGCGGGAAGCGGCGACCCUUUCCUCUCCCGCGGAGGCAGUAAGAACCGCAUCGUCAGCCAGGCAGAAGUGGAGUGUAACAUGUCCAGAUACGAGGGGACCUUUGAGGACUACCUGGAGAUGUUCAUUCAGUUCGGCUACGUCACCCUCUUCUCUUCGGCCUUCCCGCUCGCCGCCAUGUGCGCCUUCCUCAACAACCUCAUCGAGAUCCGGUCCGACGCCUUCAAGCUCUGUUGCGUCUUCCAAAGACCCUUCGGCAACCGUGCCCAGAGCAUCGGUGUGUGGCAGGACGCCAUGGAGCUGAUGGGCGUGCUGGGGAUCAUGGUCAACUGCAUGCUGAUAGGUCUGUCGGGCCAGGUGCACCGCAUGUUUCCAGAGAUGUCCACCGCACACACUGUUCUGCUCAUCAUUGUCCUUGAGCACGCCAUGAUUGCGCUCAAGUACGGCAUCAGCUACGCUAUCCCGGACAUCCCUGAGUGGAUCGCUACGGAGAUGGCCAAGGUAGAGUUCCAGCGGCGGGAAGCUCUGCGUCGUUUCUCCACCUCCAACUCGCCCCCUACUCGCGAGGACUCCCAACCUUCUUCCCCUAGGCGGAGGUCCUUCAGAACAUCGCCUACCAGUACCAUAGACGAAGAUGAGGUCCUUUCUCCGGCCGAGUCCAGCAGUCAGAGAGGGAGUCUCAGCGAAGGGACGGUUGAGAUGGGGGAGUACGACGAGAAGAGGGACGAGAUGAGGUACCGUGAGCUGGAGGAAGCGAGAAUACGACCCAUCGUACGUCUGGGACGCAGCAUCUCUGCUUGCGAACGAGUCCACCACCGUGUUCCGCGCAUCGCCAGAAUAGUGAAUCAAGCGAGUAAUGAGUCUAACGAUUCUGAAGAUGAUUUAGUGACGAAGCAGUUUGAUAGCCUGCCAAUGCUUUCAGCUCCAGCAACUAUUGAUAAAAAGAACAGAUUAUUUCGGUUUUCACCUGAGAGUGAAAGUGUUAUUGCACAGAUGAAGACCAGGUCACGACUCCUGGAGAAGCCAGACCACACUCACGGAGGCCAAUAUGCUCAAAUUACAAGGUCAGUGGAGUGCGUGUCGGAUCCCUCGGGGCACGGACGCUACACUGAUGACUCCACAGGACACAUCAGUGAGGAGGGCACCCCUGAGAACAGCACGUCCAGUCGGACACCCACACCUCCCAUCGAAGAACCCAAGCGACCAACCCACGCCCCUCCAACUCCUCAGGCAGAGCUCCCGCCGCCUAAACCUGUUGCCGAGGAGCCCAAGGAACCAUUGGUUCGAAGGAAACCGCCCAUGAAAUUCUUGAAGCGUGCGCAGAGUUUGUCGUACGUUUUUAAACGCAGCACAAAACCAGAGAAGAAGAAGAGAGUUGUCCGUGACGACUAUGCGGCGCUGAUGGGAUCAAGAGAAAUCCAAGGAGAGAUGGCACUGGUGCCCCUGGAGAAGCUGGUGUCUAUUGACGACAUCCAGAUGCAGCCCUCGCUCUCAUCCUACAAUGUUUACGGGGAAUAGCCCGGCCUCGACCAUCACCGUAACUUACCUCUAGGGUUAAUCUCAAUUAUAAGCCUAAGUGUAUGUGCUAGGCCUGCCUGGCUCGCUAGUGCACGCUCAGAGUACAUGGGGAAACAGAUAACAAAGACCUAUUGGUCCAAUGGAAAGAGAGAAAGGGCAAGAGAAAGUGUAUGUGUGAGUGUGUGUGUGUGUGUGUGUGUGUGUGUGUGUGUGUGUGUGUGUGUGUGUGUGUGUGUGUGUGUGUGUGUGUGUGUGUGUGUUUGUGUGUGUGUAAGCGUUAUCCUGUCUGACAUAAGAGUGCAGUACACAUCCUGUGCUGCGCACGUACUUCUUGUAAUUGAUAUUCAUGUCUAAAUCUUAGAUGGAAAAGUAGAGUAAUCAAGAGAUAGAUACCGUUUUCUAUGUUAUGGAUAGAUAAUGCCUCUCAGAUUACUUGAGCUUGUAACACGAGUAAAUGUGAGUGUGCGUGCCAUUAAAUGUGUGUGUGCGUGUGUGUACGUGGAUGAUGUGACAUGUACGCACCACACAGUGCCUGUGUAUCUGUCGCCUCUGUUGUUGCCUUAAAUAGUUCUGUUGCUCUUUAACAUUAGUAGUGUACAGAUCAUUGUUUAGGUGUGGGGUCGUGAAUAUACAUGACGUGUGUGUGUGUGUGUGUGUGUGUGUGUGUGUGUGUGUGUGUGUGUGUGUGUGUGUGUGUGUGUUUGUGUGUGUCUGUGUGUGUGUGUGUGUGUGUGUGUGUGUAACCAUGGCUGUCUCCGUAUGCAUGGGUAAGCUUCAAUAGCUUGCUAAAGCUUGUAUAUGUUUCUAAUAUUCCAUGUAUGGUUUGGAGUAGGGUGCAAGACCAUGUGUACAUAUUGAACACAAAUAUAUAUAUAUAUAUAUGAUGAUAACACCAAUAAUAUAUGUGCUCGUCGAUCUUCGCUAACACUUCCGUCAUCUCCGGCGAUCUUCGCUAACACUUCCGUCAUCUUCGGCGAUCUUUGCUAACACUUCCGUCAUCUUCGGCGAUCUUUGCUAACACUUCCGUCAUCUUCGGCGAUCUUCGCUAACACUUCCGUCAUCUUCGGCGAUCUUCGCUAACACUUUCGUCAUCUCCGGCGAUCUUCGCUAACACUUCCGUCAUCUCCGUCGUUCUUUGUUAACACUUCCGUCAUCUCCGUCGAUCUUCGCUAACACUUCCGUCAUCUCCGUCGAUCUUCGCUAACACUUCCGUCAUCUCCGUCGAUCUUCGCUAACACUUCCGUCAUCUUCGGCGAUCUUUGCUAACACUUCCGUCAUCUUCGGCGAUCUUCGCUAACACUUUCAUCAUCUUCGGCGAUCUUCGCUAACACUUCCGUCAUCUCCGUCGAUCUUCGCUAAUACUUCCGUCAUCUCCUUCAAUCUUCGCUAACACUUCCGUCAUCUCCUUCGAUCUUCGCUAACACUUCCGUCAUCUCCUUCGAUCUUCGCUAACACUUCCGUCAUCUCCUUCGAUCUUCGCUAACACUUCCGUCAUCUCCAUCGAUCUUCGCUAACACUUCCAUCAUCUCCGUCGAUCUUCGCUAACACUUUCGUCAUCUUCGUCGAUCUUCGCUAACACUUCCGUCAUCUUCGUCGAUCUUCGCUAACACUUCCAUCAUCUCCAUCGAUCUUCGCUAACACUUUCGUCAUCUUCGUCGAUCUUCGCUAACACUUUCGUCAUCUUCGUCGAUCUUCGCUAACACUUCCGUCACCUCCGUCGAUCUUCACUAACAUUUUUGUCAUCUUCUUGAAUCUUCACUAACAUUUCUGUCAUGUGUCCAGCACAUGACUCAGCCAAGGUCUACACAAUAAACUAAGUACUCUACACGCUCUGUUUUCUACGAGCUUCUCCUGACUGUGGUGAGAGGGGUCCCACAUGUAUACACGAUGCUGUUGAUGACGGGCAAGUUUAGGCUUUUCAAGCGACUCAAAAAUGCAAGUUGGGAUGAUGGCAUUUACCUCUUCAUUAACCUUUCAUAUUUUUCACGUGUAAUAUGUUUUUAGGGCGACCAAAAAAAAAGGAAAAAAAAAAAGGUGCAACUUACGUUUAUAAAAAACGAAAACCUCCCCAAAAACACUAUGCCGAGUGUAAAAUAAAAGGUGUGUACAAAUUGUUUUUUAAUAGACAUUUACACUCACGGUAAAUGGAGGCACUGAGGUGCUGCCUCUUGCCGGCACCUACGCUGCCAUCUAAGCUCCCUCAAGUGCAGAACAAUGUUUCUAUUAGUUUAAAAUUAUUUAUUUACCUUCAAAGAAAUCUAAUGUUGUACGCAAAUCAAUGGAAAUUGUUGACUGAAAACCUAAUACAAAAUAGAAAAGUAAA